AUGUCGUCAACUUUGCAGACCAGCGAACCGAUAAUAUUCACCUUAGACUACAUGAAAAAGCUUCGCUUCAUACUAGAAACCAUAGGGCAAUGGCCGAGCCACGCUCUAGGCGACUUCUCGCGACGGGCCAAGUUGCUGGCCGUAUACCACAAGUGCUUGAUCGCCACGUUCUGUUUCACCGAAGUCCUGGCGUUCCUGUACUUUAGGAAGCACAGGGCUACUAUCCGGUUCAUUGAUAUGGGACAGAUUUAUACGAAUUUGUUCUUGACCGGGCUGUUUCUUCAAAGAGCAACGCUGCCGUUUCAGAAGAACUACAAAGAGUGUGUCAAAAAGUUCGUGUUAGAGAUUCACUUGAUGCACCACGAGCAUAUAAGUGAAUUUGCAGGAAAGGAAUCCCGCAAAGUCAACAAAAUCUGCAUGAUCGCCACCAAAGUGAUCUUUCUGCAGCUCGUCUGCGGCAUGUUCGCUUACAAUCUCCCCCUCUUCCGUAACUACUACGAGGGCAUGUUUGCUAGAGAACUCCCAGCCAACAAGUCUUUCGUUCACUCCGUCGACUACCUCCUACCUUUCGACGCUUACCGGAGCUUUAAGGGCUAUCUAACAAUUUUCACUUGGAACUGGUUCCCUACCUACAACAUCCCAACCUCUAUGGGCAUCUACGAUUUGUUGAUCUUCGUAAUGGUGUUUCAUAUGGUGGGACAUAUGAACAUACUUUAUAACAGCUUGAGAGAAUUCCCGAGACCGAAGGAGCAGUCUGAAAACCCUUUGCCGUCCUCGAGGGAGUACAAUGAAGAGAUAUUUGCGUGUUUGAAAAAUGUUAUACGGCAUUAUCAGAUAAUCAAGGAGUUCAUGGGAGACAUGACUGCAGCGUUUGAUCUGACGGUGUGUUGCUACCUAGCCUUUCACCAAGUCAUGUGUUGUUUGAUGUUACUGGAGUGCUCUACACUGGAACCGGAGGCUUUGGUGAAAUAUGGGAUGCUGGCCGCGGUGAUAUUUCAACAAUUAAUUCAGAUUUCGGUGGCUUUCGAGUUGAUUAAAUCAAAGAGCGACAGUCUCGGCAAUGAAGUGUACGCAGUGCCCUGGGAAUACAUGGACGUAAGGAACCGAAGGAUUCUACUCCUGUUCCUCAGAAACGUGCAGGAUCCGCUGGGUUUCAAAGCGUGUGGCAUGGUGCCCGUUGGAGUGAUCACUAUGUCCACGAUUAUAAGGACAUCGUUCUCGUAUUACCUUCUGUUGGCUACAUUCGACUAAUUCUACGACAGAAGAACAACAGCGAAUAACGAUAUGAGUUUAGAAUAAAUAAUCAAUGAAUAACUGGAAAGUCUCGAG